CAGAGACAGAAACUUUCGACUUGCUUUUGCUUUAGCCUAACCAUAAAACAACAAAAAUAAUUUGUACACACUAUCUUCAAUAAGGGAAAGGUGUAAAUGAAUCGGAAUAUGAGGAUUUGGCUAAGCAUAUUUAUGUGAUACUGAUUCUUUUUCUGUGAUAUAAACUGCUUCAUUUAGAUUCCUCUGAUUUUUAAGACUUGCAGAUUUUCAACGGUGCCAGAAAAGUCACAUUCCCCUUGUACCCUCGUCGACAAAGUUGAUUUUUUUUUUUUUUUUUUUACCGUUAUUAAGUUGGAGAAACCAACAGGAAGAUCCACCACUUGUUUCUGUGCCCAUUAUCAAAAGCACAGUAAAGGGCAAGUUUGAGUCUUUAUGCAUGUUUAUCGCUAUGUGCUUGUAGAAAAUUCGAUUUUUGGCUUCUGGGUUUGGUUGAAACCUUUCUUAUGUGCUGAGUGAAGGUUGAAGGGGGCAAAGAUUGGAUCUUUUCUACUUGAGGGUGGUGAGUGGGGAACUGAAAGUGUGAUGAGUUUGUAGUGUUCUUUUGCAGAGAUCUGAGUGAAUGGAGCCUCCUACGGGGUUUUCUGCUUCAUUGUUGAGUUUCAUCCGGUUUCUUCCUUUUUUCAUUGGGCUUCUGCUUCUAGGCACCACCAAAGGUAUCCUUUUCUGCCCUUUGAUAUGCUUAAUAAUUGCAACUGGGAACACUGCUAUCAUACUUGGACUUUGGAUAGUGCAUGCUGUUUGGACAUAUUACUGCGUUGUGAGAGCUAAACAGUUUGGGCCUAUUCUGAAGCUUGUUAUUGGCCUAUGUGUACUACCAGUGCUGUUGGUUGUGUAUCCGAUUGUUGGUAUUCUUGGAAGUAUUGUUGGUGGAGCAGCCUAUGGAUUUCUUUCACCCAUAUUUGCUACUUUGGAAGCUGUAGAGGAAGGAAAAGAUGACAAAUUUUACCACUGUUUCAUUGAUGGUACAUGGAGCACUGUUGAAAAGAGCUGCAUGGUUGUCAGGGAUGUAAAUGAUGUUUGUUUUCUUUCAUACUUCUCGGUUAUGGAUGACCUGCGACAAAAAGGACCUCCAAAUGCAAAAUACUAUGAGAUCAGGCUGCUUUAUAUUCCUGGUGCUUUAAUAGCUGCAGUUAUUGGAAUCAUUGUUGAUCUGCCAAUUAUAUCAUUUGUUGCCCUAUGCAAAGGUCCAUACAUGCUAUUUAAGGGGUGGCAUCGAUUGUUUCAUGACCUUGUUGGCCGUGAAGGCCCUUUCCUGGAGACCAUAUGUGUACCUUUCGCGGGUCUUGCUAUCCUUCUGUGGCCAUUGGCGGUUGCUGGGGCAAUUCUGGCAUCCAUGUUAACAAGUUUCUUUCUUGGUGCCUAUGCAGGCAUUGUUGCUUAUCAGGAGUCUUCUUUCUUGUUUGGCCUUUCGUACGUUGUUGCAGCUUUGGCCAUUUAUGAUGAAUACAGCAAUGAUAUUCUUGACAUGCCAGAAGGAUCCUGCUUCCCUAGGCCUCAGUUUCGAAAAGAGGUUGAUACAUCACAAAGAACUUCUAAUUCAAAUUCCGUAUUAAGACCCAGCUCCUUCCGAAAGGCUCCUUCUCGCACAUCUUCAAUGAAGAACAACAACAUUGCUGAGUUGAAAUCAUUUGAGCUGUUGGAUGCCUUAUUCAAGGAAUGUUUCCGUGUUGGAGAAAAAUUGGUUUCUGAAGGUAUAAUUACAAGAAAAGACAUAAAAGAAGCCAAUUCUGGUAACGGGAGUAGAGUUAUUAGUAUUGGUUUGCCAGCAUAUUGCUUAGUCCAGGGACUCUUGCGCUCUGCAAAAUUAAAUUCCGUUGGUAUAAUGAUUAGUGAUGAAACUGAACUAACUACCUCAAACAGACCAAGGGAGACAUUUUUUGACUGGUUCGUUAAUCCUCUUUUGAUCAUUAAGGAGCAAAUCAAAGCUGAAAAUCUUUCUGUCUCAGAAGAGGACUACCUCUGCAAAUUAGUUCUCUUGAGUGGUGAUGCAGACAGACUGAAAAAUUCUAGCGUUGGCCCUGCACCAGAAUCCGAGGUCAAACGUGCGGAACUUGAGGCAUUGGCUAGAAGGCUGCAAGGAAUCACCAAAUCCAUGUCAAGGUUCCCAACCUUCAAGCGACGCUUCGACGAUCUUGUAAGAUCGUUAUCCGACGAUCUGACGGAGAUACAUGGAGGUCCAAUAAUGACCAGAUCAAAGAGUGCCUUUGCUCGGUUGAUUAGUUUAAAAUCUUUCAAGGGGACAAGAGCUAACGGAUCUGCUCAAGGGUCACAACAUGUUGCAAAAGACUUAGAAAAUUCAUGAUGAGAAUAUCAUGUAAUUUACAAAUCUUAUGUCAUAGGUGUAAUCUCCAGUCCAUUUUGGAUGGAAAAUUGAGGUGUUAUUGACAAUAUAGUUAGAGUUUUGAUUUCAAUGUAUUAUCGGUGUAAAUUUUUUUUGUACUGUUAACCAAUUGGAAAUUAUAAUUGGUAUGACAGUUAUUGUAAAAAUAAAAUAAAUAUAUCAUAUAUGUUAAUUUUUUUA